GCCGGGACCCCUGGCACCCUUGUCUCGUCUGCUCGCCGGGUCCAGCCAUGGGCCCCGCUGCUCGCCCCCCGCUGAGGUCACCCCCGCCGCCUCCUCCGCCGCCGCCGUCGCCACUGCUGCUGCUGCUGCCCCUGCUGCCGCUCUGGCUGGGCCUGGCGGGACCUGGGGCCGCGGCGGACUGCAGCGAGCCUGAGGCCGGGGCGGGGCGGGGCGGGGCCCGCGCCGUACGAGUGGACGUGAGGCUGCCGCGGCAGGACGCUCUGGUCUUGGAGGGCGUCAGGAUCGGCCCCGAGGUCGACCCCGCACCCGCGAUGGGCGGCCGCCUGCUGCUGAUGGACAUCGUGGAUGCUGAGCAGGAGGUACCCGUAGAAGGCUGGAUUGCAGUGGCAUACGUGGGCAAGGAGCAGGAGGCCCAGUUGCACCAGGAGAGUCAGGGCAGCGGUCCCCAGGCCUAUCCCAAGGCCCUGGUCCAGCAGAUGCGGAGGGCACUCUUCCUGGGAGCCUCUGCCCUGCUCCUCCUCAUCUUGAACCACAACGUGGUCCGAGAGCUAGAUAUAUCGCAGCUUCUGCUCAGGCCAGUGAUUGUCCUCCAUUACUCUUCCAAUGUCACCAAGCUGUUGGAGGCACUGCUGCAGAGGACUCAGGCCACAGCCGAGAUCACUAGCGGAGAGUCUCUGUCAGCCAACAUCGAGUGGAAGCUGACCCUGUGGACCACCUGUGGCCUCUCCAAGGAUGGCUACGGAGGAUGGCAGGACUUGGUGUGCCUGGGAGGCAGUCGGGCCCAGGAGCAGAAGCCCCUGCAGCAGCUGUGGAACGCCAUCCUGCUGGUGGCCAUGCUCCUGUGCACAGGCCUCGUGGUCCAGGCCCAGCGGCAGGCGGCCAGGCAGAGCCAGCAGGAACCUGGAGGCCAGGUGGACCUGCUUAAGCUCCGCGUGCUUCGGAGACUGGCAUCCCUGAAGACCCGGCGCUGCCGUCUGGGCCGUGCAGCCCAGGGCCCCCCAGAACCAGGUGCUGAGACCUGCGCCGUGUGUUUGGACUACUUCUGCAAUAAGCAGUGGCUCCGGGUGCUGCCCUGCAAGCAUGAGUUUCACCGAGACUGCGUGGACCCCUGGCUGAUGCUCCAGCAGACUUGCCCGCUGUGCAAAUUCAACGUCCUGGGGAACCGCUACUCAGACGAUUAGCUGCCCAAGCUGGGUCUCUGCAUGUGGGCAAAGUACCCUCCCACCUGCACCCUGGCCCUAGGCCUGGGCUCCUGGAACAGAACAGCGGGAUGGACAGGAAGCCGGUGGGAGGAAGGACAGGGGCCUCCCCUGCUGAGGGGCCAGGCACCCCAUCGUAUUUAUUCUGGGAAGGAGGGACCACACUCCCCAGUCCGAGGAUGCAGGAUCUGGACCUGCCAACUCAAGAAAGAGAAGCCACCUUGGGGCCCUUCUUCUACCAUCCUGGAAUGUCUGUGUCUGCCCUCCUCACAGGCAGCUCCUGGGACCCUGGGCAGGGGCCUGGAG